UGCUUUGCGCUCCUCCCCCGCCGACACGGCUCCUCGCACGACUGCCGCGGUCAUGACCGAUAACAUCCCCUUGCAGCCGGUCAGGCAGAAGAAGCGAAUGGACAACAAGCACCGCGGCGGAUGCUGUGAAUGCCUAAGAUGUUGUGGAAGAAGAGACCCCAGGCCUCGAACCGUCUGGCUUGGCCAUCCCGAAAAGAGGGAUCAGAGAUAUCCACGCAAUGUCAUCAACAACCAGAAGUACAACUUCUUUACUUUUCUACCAGGAGUCCUGUUCAACCAAUUCAAAUAUUUCUUCAAUCUCUACUUUUUAUUUCUUGCCUGUUCUCAAUUUGUUCCUGAAAUGAGGCUUGGUGCACUUUACACGUAUUGGGUUCCACUGGGCUUUGUGCUUACUGUUACCAUCAUCCGUGAGGCUGUAGAAGAGAUCCGAUGUUACAUGCGUGACAAGGAAGUCAACUCUCAGAUUUACAGCAAGCUCACAGCAAGAGGCACAGUGAAGGUGAAAAGUUCUAAUAUUCAAGUGGGGGACCUUAUCAUUGUGGAAAAGAACCAACGAGUCCCUGCUGACAUGAUUUUCUUGAGGACAUCAGAAAAGAACGGGUCCUGCUUUCUCCGAACGGAUCAGCUGGAUGGUGAAACAGAUUGGAAACUGCGACUGCCUGUCAGCUGUACUCAGAGGUUACCAACUGCUUCUGACCUUCUUCAGAUCAGGUCAUAUGUGUAUGCAGAGGAGCCAAAUAUUGACAUCCAUAACUUUGUUGGGACAUUCACAAGAGAGGACAGUGACCCUCCUGUGAAUGAGAGCUUGAGUAUUGAAAAUACCCUCUGGGCUAGCACAGUAAUUGCUUCAGGGACAGUUGUGGGAGUUGUUCUCUAUACAGGCCAGGAGCUACGCAGUGUCAUGAAUACCUCAAAUCCACGCAGUAAGAUCGGUCUCUUUGACUUGGAAGUUAACUGUCUAACCAAGAUACUUUUUACGGCCUUGGUUGUGGUCUCCCUUGUCAUGGUCUCCCUCCAACACUUUGCUGGCCGCUGGUACCUUCAGAUCAUCAGAUUUCUUCUUCUGUUCUCAAAUAUCAUUCCUAUCAGUUUACGGGUGAAUCUUGACAUGGGAAAAAUUGUCUACAGCUGGAUGAUCCGGAGGGAUUCUAAAAUUCCUGGCACAGUAGUUCGAUCUAGCACAAUCCCAGAGCAGCUAGGCAGAAUAUCCUAUUUGCUUACUGAUAAGACAGGGACUCUAACACAGAAUGAGAUGGUUUUCAAACGUGUCCAUCUUGGAACAAUGGCUUAUGGGUUUGACUCCAUAGAUGAAGUUCAGAGCCAUAUUUUUAGCAUAUAUACACUGCAGUCGCAGGAACCACCUGCUUUAAAAGCACCCAACCUGGCCACCAAAGUACGAAAAACCCUGAGCAGCCGUGUCCAUGAGGCAGUGAAAGCAAUUGCUCUCUGCCACAAUGUGACUCCUGUCUAUGAAUCAAAUGGUGUGACAGAUCAGGCUGAAGCUGAGAAGCAUUAUGAAGAUUCUUGCAGGGUGUACCAAGCUGCUAGUCCUGAUGAGGUGGCCCUGGUGCAAUGGACAGAAAGUGUUGGCUUGACACUGGUUGGAAGAGACCAGGCUUCUGUGCAGCUGAGGACUCCUGGUGGCCACAUUCUAAACUAUACCAUCCUCCAGAUUUUCCCCUUCACAUACGAAAGUAAACGAAUGGGGAUUAUUGUUCGGGAUGAAUCUACAGGAGAAAUAACAUUCUACAUGAAAGGGGCGGAUGUGGUUAUGGCAGGCAUUGUUCAGUACAAUGACUGGCUAGAGGAAGAGUGUGGUAACAUGGCAAGAGAAGGAUUAAGAGUUCUUGUAGUUGCAAAGAAAUCCCUGUCUGAGGAGCAAUAUCAAGAUUUUGAGGCCCGCUACGUCCAAGCAAAAUUAAGUGUCCACGAUCGCUCCCUGAAGGUAGCCACAGUGAUUGAGAGUCUGGAGAUGGAGAUGGAGCUUCUCUGCCUGACUGGAGUAGAAGAUCAACUACAGGUGGAUGUCAGGCCAACUUUGGAAACUCUGAAAAAUGCUGGCAUUAAGGUAUGGAUGCUCACAGGGGAUAAACUGGAAACAGCCACGUGUACAGCUAAGAAUGCACAUCUGGUAACCAGGUCUCAGGACAUUCAUAUAUUUAGACUGGUGACCAACCGUGGAGAAGCACAUUUGGAACUAAAUGCUUUCCGCCGCAAACAUGACUGUGCCCUGGUGAUUUCUGGGGAUUCCUUGGAGGUAUGCUUGAAAUACUAUGAGUAUGAGUUCAUGGAACUGGCUUGCCAGUGUCCGGCAGUCAUCUGCUGUAGAUGUGCCCCAACACAAAAGGCUCAAAUUGUACGCUUACUCAAGGAGAGAACUGGGAAGUUGACCUGCGCAGUAGGUGACGGGGGAAAUGAUGUCAGUAUGAUUCAGGAGGCAGACUGUGGUGUUGGUGUUGAAGGAAAGGAAGGAAAACAAGCUUCUCUUGCAGCAGAUUUCUCCAUCACUCAGUUUAAGCACCUGGGCCGAUUACUGAUGGUGCAUGGAAGAAACAGCUACAAAAGAUCUGCUGCUCUCAGCCAGUUUGUGAUCCAUAGAAGUUUGUGCAUUAGUACCAUGCAGGCAGUUUUCUCUUCAGUGUUUUACUUUGCUUCUGUUCCGCUCUAUCAAGGCUUUCUCAUCAUUGGGUAUUCUACCCUCUACACCAUGUUUCCAGUUUUCUCUCUAGUGCUGGACAAAGAUGUCAAAGCGGUAGUGGCCAUGUUGUAUCCAGAGCUCUACAAAGAUCUCCUGAAGGGAAGGCCGUUAUCUUAUAAGACGUUUUUGAUCUGGGUUUUAAUAAGUAUCUAUCAAGGCAGCAUAAUUAUGUAUGGUGCACUUCUGCUUUUUGAGUCUGAAUUUGUCCACAUUGUGGCAAUUUCCUUCACAUCCUUGAUCCUCACUGAACUGCUGAUGGUGGCACUGACCAUCCAAACGUGGCAUUGGCUCAUGAUAGUGGCAGAAUUACUCAGUCUGUCAUGCUACAUUGCCUCACUGGUCUUCUUACAUGAAUUUAUUGAUGUUUACUUCAUAACAACUUUAUCGUUCUUAUGGAAGGUGACUGUGAUCACCUUAGUCAGCUGUCUUCCUCUCUAUGUCCUAAAAUACCUGAGACGAAGGUUUUCUCCCCCAAGUUAUUCAAAACUCACCUCAUAGGAGCAAGGACUCGCUUAUCUUCUUUGCACAGUGCUUACAGACUCAAUAAAUGUGUAUUCACCAUUGAAUGAUGUCCGACGGUUGGAUAAGCAAUCUGCACUGGUUGGAGAACACUGCUGGAAGACUGAAUAAUUCAGUUAAAACAAAAUGCUCACAGUCAAACGAAGCAGAGAAAAGUUAUAUAAGCGAUCCAGUUUUGUCACUUUAUAUUUAUCAAAACUGAAAACAAAUGCAUGUAACUGGGAAGGAAAAAACUGUGCCUGGGAAGGGUCUGUUUACCUGGAAAGUGCUGAGUCAGCUGUUGAGAUGACGAAUUUUUUUCAAACGUAUUUUCCUUUUUUUCUGGGGGUCGACUUAUUUCAUUUCCUCAUUUUUAUUGCUACUUAUCUUUUGAGUUCAGGUCUUCAUGGUGAACAUUUUCAUGGUGCCUUGGGAAAUGCUUUCAACUGAGCAACGCAACAGUAUAGUUAACAGGCCACUGUACAUACCUCAAGCCGGGCUGACCUCUUUGAUGUGGUCCAACGCAAAUCAGAAUUACUGAUUUCUAUUGGCUCUAUUUUCUUGAAUUUUCUGCAAAAAAAGGAAUUCACAGAUGAGUCUUUCCAGUUAAAACAUGUUGCGAUGGUUUUUUAAAGGGAAUGUGUCUUUUUCCUAAAGAGAAAAUUAUUCAAAAGGGUUUUUUUGGAGUGUGGGUGGGAGAGAAGAAAAUUGUAAUCCCAUAUUCUGGUUCUGCAAGGACAAACUGCCCAUUUAUUAACACGGAUUUCCAGGACAAGAAGAACAGUCAAAAGCUUAGGUUUCACCCUACAAUUUACCACCCUUCCCCUCUGCAAUCUCCAGCUCUCUUUUCUAAGAUUUUCUGCAAAACAGCUAAAACAAGCUUGGCUGCCAGAACCAAAGAGAACAAAGGGAAUGAGAUAAUUGACAGGUAAGAAAAAGGAUCAGAAGUUAGGGAUGGGCAAGACUUUGGGAGUUAUUGAAGAACGUUUGUGCAAAGCGCAGCUCUGAACAACAGACCUUUAAUCACAUUGUCAUUUUGGAAGAAGUUUUGUACAAUGCCUGGAUGCAGCAGCAUUUUCUGGCCAAUGGAACUUCCACAUUUGGACUGAUGCACAAUACUUGAGGGAGGUGUUAUCUGUAUGGCUUGAUCUGUUCUGUCCAGGUGUAAGUCCCCUUACCACUGCCUUUUUGGAUAUCCCCAUUAAGAAUAAAUUCUUAAUGCUAAUUGUCCCAUGCACAUUCCCCAAUUCACAUGAUGUUAUUUUCUGCCAGAAUGCAAGUUUCAUUAGACUUUUCCCCAGGUAUUUGGUGGUGGUUACAAAUGUGCAGUUGUGUCCUCACUCUGAACAAGAAAAAGUGGUAAAAACACUCCCACCAACAUUGACCAGGCAAGCCACUAGAAUAAAAAUGAGAGCAAACCCUACUCCUUACUAGCACUGAUGAUGUUUACGUAGUUUGGUAAUGAAACGUCUGCAAAAAAAACAAUCCAGCUCAGAAAGCACCAAGGACUCCUCAUCUUCCUUUCCAUUUUCUUCACUGUCCUGUAACAAGGGAAAAAUUCUUGAACAUUGUGGCACUCAAGAGUUUAGAUUUAAGGUGGAAAUGUGGUCUAGAAUAUUAUACUCAGCUAAAAUGUACUCAGUUGAGUUGAGCAAAACUCUGGUGCUUCAAAUUGGACAGAGUAUUUCAAGUGGAAUACCAGGUAAAGUAGAAUGGAAAAAUUACUGUCAUGACCUGGACUCUGAAUACAUGUUAAUGCACCCCAAGAUAAGAUUUGCCUUUGUAGCAGCUGCAUCACACAGUUGUCUCAUGUUUAAUUUCUGGUCAAUAAGGACAUACAGAUCUUAUCACAUUCACUGCUGUCCAGCCAAGUCUUCCCCAUCCAAUACAUGCACCUUUCACUUUAUUUUUCCAAAUGCAGAAUUUAAAUCUGUGUUAAAUCGAUCCUCUUCCGAUCAACUCAUUGCUUAAACCUGGUCAGCUAUUUUGAAGCUUAUUUUGUUCCUAAAGAGUAUUAGCUGAUAAAAAUACUGAACAGCACAGGGCGUUGUGAUAGCACACCAUUUGAAACUUUCCUUCAAGCUGAAAUGAGCCCAUAUUGAGCAUGGUCAUUGACCCAAUUUUGAGUCCAAUAGUAAUAUCAUCUAACCCAGAUGGCAGGCACAAAAUAGGAAUUAAGAAUUUCUGCUUUCUCAUCAUUAACAAUUUCUCACUUUCCUGCUAUACUGUGUUCUUUUGCACUUCUGAAUCUUCCCAGAUAAAUUAGAGUGUAUUCCCAGAUAAAUUAGAGUUGAAAUUCUGGGUACACUUGGGAGUAACUCUUUUUAAACUUGUGUGUAAACACACUGUAUGCAUUAGACUGGGCUGUAAAGGACACUUUCCUUUAUACGACUGAAGGAUCCAAGAGUAGAAUGCUGUUAUCCUAAUGCUGUAUAAUGAAAAAGACUACAAAUGGGUGGCUGAUUGAUACAAAUGAGAUAGCUUCUCUUUUAUUUUUUCACCUGCUGGAGAUGGGGAUAGACAUGGAUAUAUGUAAGGAAAGGGUACAAAACUUGCAUUUCUUUGACCUAGGGUAACCACUUCCUUACAGUAACUUUUACUUUUUAUAUAAAACUUUGGUGCUUGUCCAGAACAAUUUCCCCCAAUUAGCUACCUUUCAUUUCUGUAGGAAAUCUAAUCAGCUUGGAAUAGCGUGAGUUGAAGUUUGGCAUCUCUAGAGACCACGGAAUAGGGGAAAGUAAUGAAUUAUGAGGUCAAUUCUGAGUGGUAUCAGCCAUUAUCCAUUGGAUGAUUAGAUAGCCCCACUGCACAAAGGGCCUCCAAGAAUAGAAAUAAAGUUAACAAAGAAGCAAGACUUCUACUAUAACUGUUUAAACACUUGGACAUUUUGAUUAACAGCACACAUUCUGUAACGGUUUUGAUUUCACAUUGGGAAUAAAACUAUGUGGCUGUUAUGUUGAUCCAGAAUAAUUGGUGAUAAACCCAUGGUGGAAUGCAUCAGGUUGAGUAAACUGUUCUCCCUUCAGACAUGGUUGAACUAUAGUUUUCAGUAUCCCAGAUGGCAUGUAUAGGUUGCCCUGGUGGUGCAGUGGUUAGAAUGCAGUAUUGCCCACAGUCUUGAAUUCAAUUCUGACGGGGCUCAAGGUUGACUCAGCCUUCCAUCCUCUGAGGUCAGUAAAAUGAGGAUCCAGAAUUUUGAGGGUGUCUCGAGUUGCCAGGAAGCAAUACGUUCAUUCUAUAAACCACUUGAGACUGCUAUAAAGGAUCAUGGAGUGGCAUUUAAGUCUAAAAGCUACUUCUAUUGCCAGGCAUGAUAAUUUGUUCAUGACUUGAGGAUGUCCCACUCUCAACUUGCUGAUGCUAACGCAAUGCUUUCAGAUCAUGUUUUUUCAGGCUGGGCCUGGUUAGAAAACUUAUGGAUGACAUGAAGACAGAAAUGUUCUCUGGGCCCUUAAGGUGUGGAAGGCUUUUCAUUUGUAGGUCAUUCUUUCAUUUGGUUCUUUGUGGGGACUACCUUUUUCCACUUGCCUUGUCCUCUUGACAAAUGAUGCCAUCAUCUCCAGUGCCAAAUGUCCUUUGGACUCAGAUACAUAACCUCUGCCUUAGGGCCACACAAUGCUUUAUGCAAUGUGUCAAGGGCCAUGCUCCAAAAUAUGAAAAUAAAAUCCAUUUGAACUCUUCCCCAUUCCAAAAAGUAAAUAAAAUACCAAAAAUCCUGGGUUGGGCUCUAUGACCACAGAUGGGAAAUGCCACAUCAGUCUCCCAGUCAAUGAUUUUUAUACUUCUACUUUGCAAUGUGCAUAUCAUGCAUGAGUAAUACAGUAAGGAAAUAUCCCAGACGUAGAUGCUUACACAGGUGGCCCUCAUUUAGUGACCAUUUGCAAUUAUGACAAUGAUGGAAAAGUAACUUUACAACCAAUCCUGACAUUCAAGAUUUUCACAGGUCUGUAAAGUAUAAGGAAAGCUGAAGUAAAAUCAUACACACAGUAGCAGUUACACUUAGCAACCGCUUCACUUAACUGAGUUGUUCCCAUUUGUAGUUACUAAACAAGGACCACCUGUAUAUUAGAUACUAAAGCCAAUAAUAACUAAUGUAAAUCCAAGGGGAGGAAAUUGUCUGCCCAAUAAUUCCAUUUCUGGGGCAGAUUAGGAAGGGUAUUAAAUAAGCCUCCAAACACUAUGUCAGAUUAGAGUACAGCAAGAGUAAUACAUCCGGCAUAGCUUAAUUACGUACAGAAAACUAAAACUGAGGAUUAGGGUUGGAUUAAAACUCAUGCCUCAGCAUUUAAAAUGGAACAGUCCAAGGGGGAUUGCAUUUUCCUUGGAACAUUUAAACUUGUGUUUGAGAGUAUUCCAAAACUUUAUGUUAAUUGUGAUCAGAUUGGUUGCCAUCACAUAAUUAAAUAUGUAUUUCUAAGCUUUUCAAAUGUAGAGCAGAAAACCCUUCCCCUCUCUCCUGUGUUGGAGAUAUGAAUCCCCAUGUCAAAUUAUUUGUGAUGCUAAUGUUUUGUACUUGUCCUCUUGUCAAUUGAGAUGUGCAUAUUC